GGGGGGGGGACCACCACCGGAAGAUAUUAAGGGCAAUCCGGCAAGAUUUUCCCUAACUUCCAGGAGUGCUGAAAAGGGAAACUCCUGAGGCCGCACCAUGCUGGGAAAUCCCCUGUCCCUCUCAGUGUUCCCCUUUGGUGGCUCCUAAAGGGAGUGCAUCUCUGGAGAGGUGCUCUUGGACUAACGAUGUCUGUGUCCUUAAGCAACAAGAACCAUCAGAGGGUGGCGUGUGAGGAACCGAUUACUCUGGAUCAGGCACCGGAGUGUCCCCCCUUGUGUGUGUGUAGACGGCCCCACUGGUGCUCAGAGAGGCUGGUCAUCCAUUCAACUGGGAACGAGGACUCGAAUUCAGCUGCAGACUUAGUCCUCAUUUUGAUCCCAUCCUCCCCCCCCCCAACCAAAACGGUGUGCGGGGCAAAACAGAUGCAGAGCUCAGAGCGAGCAGAGCAUUGGGGAGGGGGGUGGAUGAUGCCAGCUGCGGCCCUGACCCCGGGCCCUGCGCUCACCCCGCGGCCGCGUCCCGACCCGCCCUCGGCCGCCCCCUGCCGGUCGGCGGCAGAAGCGCCUGCCCUGGAACCGGGAAGGCCCUCGCACCUGUUUCCUCAGCUGCGCAGUGAGGGAACCCACGUGUCGUGUCCAGCCCCGGCCUCGGGACCCUCAGCUGAUCCCCGUUGGCAACCAUCUGGUGCUUCACCCGCCAGGGUCGAGAAGAGUUGGGGUGAGCGUAUUAACGUGGCCCCUUCCCAGAAGUGACUGGGCAGCACCUACCCAACCUUCAUCCCAGGAGACCAGGCAGCCUGAGCAGUGAGUGUGGACAGAUGGCAGGUCUCGGGGCCUUGCCACUCAGCUGUGAGGGUCACCUGGAGGCUUGUGGAGAGCCAGAGUGUCAGGUCCCCGGCCGCCUGCUGACCAGAUUGCAUUUUAGUGGCACCCGCAGGUGGUCCCGGAUGCCUCCGAGGGGCUGGGCCGUGUGCAGGAUACUCCAUUCUGAGUUUUUGGAAAAGAUCAAAAUGACGACUAAGUCUGCAGCUGGAUUCAAGUCCUAGCGCCCAGCUGGAGGGGUGCGCAACCCUGAGCACUUCCUCCGCCUGUAGGACCCCUCAUCCUAAAUCUGAGACCUAACGAUUCCUAGCCAGUGUCCCCUGACUCGGGCCUCAUUUAGCCAGCGAGCUGCUCCGAAGGUCAAACUCUGAUGGCGAACCUGGCCAUCUGCCAUAGAGCAGACAGUGCUGGUCCUCAACCCUGGGCGGAAGCCUUCGUCACCAAAUGACCAUGGCAAAGUCACGUGAAAAGGAACUUAGGUCCGGGGAGACACUCCCUCCCCACAGCGAUUUGAAGAAAAAUGUGCCGGAUCGUGAAAGUGUGGACUUUCCCUCUCCGGAGUCCCAAGGAAGAAAGCUCCCCAUCUGACUGGCCCAGACACUGGGCCUCUGAACCAGAGGCUGGGCCUAGACUUCUCAAGACCCCGCGGCUCUGAUGGCCCACGUGCCUUGAUUUGCAAAAUGGUCUCGAUCUUUUCUAGUUGAAAUUCUGCUCAGUAAGACACACACCUAAAGCUUCAAAUUCUUCUGCAAAGAAAACUGCCAUAUGGCAUAGAAAAACAUGUGCAUCACAGUUUCUGUUUCUCCCCCUUAAUUAGCUUUUCUCCUUUAAGAAAACAAAAGCCCUUUAUCUUGACUCACCAAAUCAACACUGACCACCUUCGUCAUUGUGAUGAAUUUCCUAGAGUCUCAGGAACCGGAGCCCUGGACCAGCCGGGGAGUGGGGGUCUGUGCCCCCAGAAUAAGGAUGUGUUAGGAGCUCCCCGUGUUAGAACUAGGAGAACAGAGGUUGGACUGCAAAGCUUAAAGUAUUUGCCGUCAGGCCCUUCGCGCUCUGAGCCGUGUCCCGGGAUACGGAGCGUGCCGGGCUGUCUGUGAAGCCGCGGGGUGGAAGGAGCGGAUUUUGGAAGGAAAUACUUUGUUGGCCUGCAGAAGAGAGUCAGGGUCUGAGGUCACUUUGAGACGGUUUCGGCCUCCAGGGACGCCCGGCGGGUCAUCGUCCCUGGAGCUGAGCAGCUCCGCCUGUGCAGGACCAGGUGCGUGUGGCCUCCCUGCUUCCCGGGGCGCGUUGUGGCCCGGACACCUGCACGCUCACAGGAUGCUCCCGCAGAGACAGCUUCCCCAUCGGGAGCCACUGUUCCGCACAGGAAGUCUCACCCAGGGUGAUGGUUUCUGCCUCAGCAGAGACCAGGUUCCCCAAACAGAUCAGUGUUGUUCCCUUGUUGGCAGUGAUACUCGUUCAACUUCGCAUUUCUUCUUCUCAGCAGCAGGCAUCCUUCCAUCCUCGCUGGGCUGAUGGAGAAUAUGGCCUCGUAAGGGAGGGAGACGGCAGAUAAGUCAGCCAGUGUUUGCGCCAGAUAAUUAAGGGCUUGUGAGAGUUGCCUUGCAAGGAAUAAACAAGGUGUGUUUGAGCGAGUUGGGGGCAGGGGAGUUACCGCAAAUAGUGAGUGUGGGGGAGGCUCUCUGAGGAAGUGUCCAUGUGAGGAGCAGAGAGAAAAGCGUUCCUGCACAGGGCGCAGCAUGUGCCAAGGCCCUGAGGUUGGAAAGAGCUUGGAGAGGCAGCCGGGAGCGCCGUGCUGGCACUCCCGGUCACCCGGGACUGGUGCUGACUGCUCCUCCCCCCGCACAUAUGGGCCUGUCCUUUUCCCUCCUGCCUUCAGGUCUCUGCGUCGGCACGAUGUCAACAGAGAGGGCUUUCCUGACCACUGUCCAGCCUCGGGUUUCCAUGGAAACCAGCCCCCACAUGGAGCAAAACACCAGCAGAGCCACGGACUAAGGCUUACGGCAGUGAGAGCCCAUUGAAUGGGCUGCAGGCACCAGACGCGGGGGCUCCGAGGGCCGAUCCCCCCGCGUUUCCUCCGACCCCACAGCCCCGCACUGGGAACACCAGACCAGAUGCGGCUGUGCCGCCGAGCAUCCACACAGCCCUGCGGGCUGGCUGGCAGGGGCGCCUGGUUCGUCCGCAUUAGACCCAUCCUGUGAUGCUUUAUGGACAGUGGCAUAAAGUACCCCUGCUUGUGCGCUGAGGCGGCCCGGCUGUGGACGGAGGACCGAGGAGCCAGCUGGCUGGGAACGGGCCCAGGGGACGUGCAGACGUGUCUUCACCUGCAGCUUUCUCCCACUGCCUGCGCAGACCUUGAGUAAGCGACUGCGUGAACUAAUGAACCGUUACUGCAAAGACUGAAUGUUUCUGAAGGACUUGGACUAGUGCUUACCUUGUAGGCCCACCCCCCACAGCCGCACCCACAAAGGGUCUCGGCAGCAGGCAGGUCGUGCGGGAGCCCCCAUGUCCCAGGGGCCCGCGUGCCAUGCCUGGAGCUCGGUCGGCUGUGUCUUCAUUUUCCCGUCUUCUCCGCGGGAUCAUGGGAGACCCCCUUGACCUUGUCUUCGGAGUAGUGCUCGUGGCCAGUCCUGUGCUGGCGAUUUCUUCCUGCUCCUCGGACGGUCGGCUAGCCUUGUACCGAUUCUGCAACCUCACCCAGGUGCCCUGGGUGCCUGGCACCACGGAGAUCCUCUUGCUAAGCUUCAACUACAUCGAGACUGUCACUGCCUCCUCAUUUCCCCUCCUGGAGCAGCUGGGGCUGCUGGAGCUCGGGACUCAGUAUACCCCCUUGCGUAUUGACAGAGAGGCCUUCCGAAACCUGCCCAAUCUUAGAGUCUUGGACCUGGGCGGGAGCCACAUGCAUUUCCUGCAUCUCGACGCUUUCCAGGGGCUGCCCCACCUCCUUGAACUUCGACUCUUCUUCUGUGCUCUCUCCGAUGCCGUAUUAAGAGACGGUUAUUUCCGAAAUCUGGAGUCUUUGACUCGCCUGGACCUGUCCAAAAAUCAGAUUCGUAGCCUUCACCUUCAUCCUUCAUUCCGGGAGUUGAAUUCCUUGAAGUCUAUCGAUUUUUCCCUCAACCAGAUACCCAUCGUAUGUGAACAGGAGCUCAAGCCCCUCCAAGGGAAGACGCUCUCCUUCUUAAGCCUCGCCACCAAUGGCUUGUACAACAGGGUCCCCAUGGACUGGGCCAAGUGUAUGAACCCAUUCAGAGACAUGGUGCUGGAAACCCUGGAUGUUUCUCACAACGGCUGGACCGCGGAUGUCACGGGGAACUUCAGCAGGGCCAUCAAUGGGAGCCAGACCUCCUCUCUGGUUCUCACCUACCAUAUCAUGGGGGCUGGGUUUGGCUUCCGUAACAUCCGGGAUCCUGACCGGAGCACAUUUGCCGGCCUGGCCAGGAGCUCAGUGGUACGUCUGGAUCUUUCACACGGCUUUAUCUUCUCUCUGAACUUUCGGCUCUUUGAGUCUCUCAGGCACUUGAAGGUCCUGAACCUCGCCCACAACAAGAUAAACAAGAUUGCAGGGGAAGCGUUUUACGGACUCGACAGCCUGCAGGUUCUCAACAUGUCGCACAACCUUCUGGGCGAGCUUUAUAAUUCUGAUUUCCGUGGACUGCCUGAGGUAGCCUAUAUUGACCUUCAAAACAACCACAUUGGGAUCAUUCAGGACCAGACAUUCAAAUCCCUGAAAACAUUACAGACCUUGGAUCUCCGCGAUAACGCCCUUAAAACCAUUUCUUUCAUCCCGAGCAUCCCUACUAUCUUCUUGGGCAGCAAUAAACUGGUGACCUUGCCGAACGUAAGGCUUACGGCCAACUUCAUCCACUUGUCAGAGAACAGGCUAGAAGAUCUGGACAGUCUCUACUUCCUUCUCCGGGUCCCUCACCUCCAGAUCCUCAUUCUGAAUCAAAACCGCCUUUCUUCUUGCAACCCAGCUCAUGCCCCAGCGGGGAGCCUCAGCCUGGAGAAGCUUUUCCUUGGAGGAAAUAUGUUGCAGCUGGCCUGGGAAACCGGCUUCUGCUGGGAUGUUUUUAAGGGGCUCUCCCAGCUCCAGGUCCUGUAUCUAAAUAACAACUACCUGAAUUUCCUCCCGCCAGGAGUAUUUAGCGACCUGACCGCACUGAGGGGUCUCAGCCUCAGCUCCAACAGGCUGACCGUUCUUUCUCCCGGCGACUUGCCUGCGAAUUUGGAAGUCCUGGACGUGUCCAGAAACCAGCUCCUGUCCCCUGACCCCGAUCUGUUUGCGGGCCUCAGUGCCGUGGACAUAACGUACAACAAGUUCAUCUGUGAGUGCGAACUCCGUCCCUUCAUCCGCUGGCUCAACCAGACCAACGUCACUGUGCUUGGGUCUCAUGCAGACAUCCUCUGCAUGUACCCCGCCUCGCUUGCUGGGACCUCCCUCUCCUCUGUGUCCAUGGAGGGUUGUGACGAAGAGGAAGUCUUAAAGUCCCUGAAGUUGUCCCUUUUCAUUUUAUCCAGUGUUACCGUGACUCUGUUCCUCACGGCUGUCCUCACGGUCGCCAAGUUCCGGGGGCUUUGUUUCUUCUGCUACAAGGCAGCCUGCAGACUGCUGUCCACGGAUCACGCCAAGGGCAGCGGGUCUGACGUGUACAAAUACGACGCGUAUCUGUGCUUCAGCAACAAGGACUUUGAGUGGGUGCAAAACGCUUUGCUCAAGCACCUAGAUGCUCAGUACAGCGACCAAAACAGAUUCAACCUGUGCUUCGAGGAGAGAGACUUUGUCCCGGGGCAAGACCACAUCGCCAACAUCCAGGACGCCGUGUGGGGCAGCAGGAAGGUGGUCUGUCUCGUGAGCAGGCACUUCCUCCGAGACGGCUGGUGCCUCGAAGCCUUCAGUUACGCCCAGAGCCGCUGUGUGUCUGACCUCGACGGUGCCCUCAUCCUGGUGGUCGUGGGCUCCCUGUCCCAGUACCAGCUGAUGAAGCAUCAGUCUCUCAGGGGAUUCGUGCAGAAGCGACAGUAUUUGAGGUGGCCUGAAGACCUCCAGGAUGUCGACUGGUUUCUUAAUAAACUCUCUCAGCACCUUCUAAAGAAAGAAAAGGGAACGAAGAGAGACGGCGACAUUCAGCUGCAAACCAUAGCGAGCGUCUCCUCAUCCACUAAUCCCAAGCCACAGACAGCUCUGCAUCUGUGCUAAGCUACCGUUUGGGGUCCUUUCUCGUAGCUUGUCUUUCCUACUAGGAACACGAUGGGCUGUUGGUUUUCGUACCAACACGAUGCCCGGUCUCCCUGACCCCACCAUGGAGGGGAGUACUGUUUUCUCCCAUUGUGCCGACCACAGGGCGUGCCCCGGUCAUGGGAUGGGCACCGGGAGACCCUUCCCCAGCGCUCAGGCCGUCCCUGCAGAACAACACUAAAUGAGCACACGGACAAAGAGGCGGGUUUCCUCCCCCUCGUGGGAACAGUGCCGUUGCUGGGUACGGGUCACGCCUCAUCUCCGGGUAGGGGUGACCCCGAGGAGGCCGGGACGAGAAUCGCUAGAUGUCUCGGGGCCAUGCCACACUUCCUGUUCUGACCCUCGAGGUCUCACCCCUGUGGGCCGAGAACGUUCUUUCUCAGCCUUAUUUCCUCCAACUCAUCAGCCGUUCGGCGGCUGCAGGGAGAACAAGGCCCACAUCCUGGUCUGAGUCCUGAUUCUGCUCCCGUGGGCUGUGUGACCCAGAGUGCCUGAUGUGCCCUCUCUGGGCCUGGUGUCUCGUCUGUGGGCAUGCUCGUAUCUACCAAGGAUGUCAGGCUUCUCAAACCUUUCCUUGGUCACCCUGUCGGCCACAGGGACGCACACUCGGGGGCACCUUUGCUGGCAGUCGAGACUUCCUUGAGAUUGUAUUUUUUUACCUCAAAAGAAGUCUAUAUACAUUUUGCAUUCUGUC